AGGCCAGCCAUGACCUUCGGGCGCAGCGGGGCGGCCUCGGUGGUGCUGAACGUGGGCGGCGCCCGGUACUCGCUGUCCCGGGAGCUGCUCAAGGACUUCCCGCUGCGGCGUGUGAGCCGGCUGCACGGCUGCCGCUCGGAGCGCGACGUGCUCGAGGUGUGCGACGACUACGAUCGCGAACGCAACGAGUACUUCUUCGACCGGCACUCGGAGGCCUUUGGCUUCAUCCUGCUGUACGUGCGCGGCCACGGCAAGCUGCGCUUCGCUCCGCGGAUGUGCGAGCUCUCCUUCUACAACGAGAUGAUCUACUGGGGCUUGGAGGGCGCACACCUGGAGUACUGCUGCCAGCGCCGCCUGGACGACCGCAUGUCCGACACCUACACCUUCUACUCCGCCGACGAGUUGGGCCGCGACGACGCGCGUCCCUCCGGAGCCGAGGCAGCUCCGUCCAGGCGCUGGCUGGAGCGCAUGCGGCGCACCUUCGAGGAGCCCACGUCGUCGCUGGCCGCGCAGAUCCUGGCCAGCGUGUCGGUGGUGUUCGUGAUCGUGUCCAUGGUGGUGCUGUGCGCCAGCACGCUGCCCGACUGGCGCGCCGCCGCCACCGACAACCGCAGCCUGGAUGACCGGAGCAGGUACUCCGCCGGCCCUGGGAGGGAGCCCUCCGGGAUAAUUGAAGCCAUCUGCAUAGGCUGGUUCACUGCAGAGUGCAUUGUGAGGUUCAUCGUCUCCAAAAACAAGUGUGAGUUUGUCAAGAGGCCCCUGAACAUCAUUGACUUACUGGCAAUCACACCCUAUUACAUCUCUGUGCUAAUGACAGUGUUUACAGGGGAGAACUCUCAGCUCCAGAGGGCUGGAGUCACCUUGAGGGUGCUCCGGAUGAUGAGGAUCUUUUGGGUGAUUAAGCUUGCCCGACACUUCAUUGGUCUUCAGACACUGGGUUUGACUCUCAAGCGAUGCUACCGAGAGAUGGUUAUGUUACUUGUCUUCAUCUGUGUUGCCAUGGCAAUCUUUAGUGCACUUUCGCAGCUUCUUGAACAUGGGUUGGACCUGGAAACAUCCAACAAGGACUUCGCCAGCAUCCCCGCUGCCUGCUGGUGGGUGAUUAUCUCUAUGACUACAGUUGGCUAUGGAGAUAUGUAUCCUAUCACAGUGCCUGGAAGAAUUCUUGGAGGAGUUUGUGUUGUCAGUGGGAUUGUUCUGUUGGCAUUACCUAUCACUUUCAUCUACCAUAGCUUUGUGCAGUGUUAUCACGAGCUCAAGUUUAGAUCAGCUAGAUAUAGUCGGAGCCUCUCGGCUGAGUUCCUGAAUUAAUGCAUUGCAAACCAAUCUUUGCGCACACUCCAUUUGAUAGAAAGAGUUGAUGCUGUUUCAUAUUCAUGUGUUGCUAGCUGGGCGAGCACUGCGGUGGCAUCGCCAUUGUGUUGGUAGGGGAAAGAAUUGUCCUUCCCAGCUGGAGGGAUGAAGUGGUUUACUUCUGGAGUAAACAGGAUGGAGACAGCAAGCAAAGAGCGCUGACACCUCGGGUAAACUUCAGGACCUGAUUUUGCUUGGACUUGUCCCUUCCUUGCCUUGCACAAUUAUUACAGAGUUUUUGUUUUUCUUUAAAGGACAUUAUUUGAACACUUUAAAACAGAAAGGUACUAUUUUCCAAAUGUUUUUCCAUCUUAACGAGUUCAGAAGAAGCUUGGAACUUAGAGUGUUAUUUUUUGAGACUAACAUUUCCAUUUCUAAAUGUUUUAUAAUUUCUCAUAUCAAUGUCAGAAGUAUCCUGGAAACAUAUGUCACAUGCGGGAACUGUUUAACAAAUACUUUAAAAAUUUGGCCCAAAUUUAAACUAUAUUCUUGAGCUAGAGACAAGGAAAAAAAAAUAUUAUUUGAAAACCUGCGUGUUUUUCUGUCCUCUGCUUUGUUUUUGUGCUGAUCACUUACUUUAUCUGUAGCUUCAUGGAACCUUUUUAAGUAUGUUUUCCCUCUCCAGUUUCUCCAGCUUCUCUCUUUACUGAAGUAACUUCAAAAGAGUAUCUAAGAAUGAAGAAAGCUUGUGUCAUUUCGCAUUUUGUUGGGUGAUACUAUCAUUCUUUUUGCUGCGGCUAGAUGAUCGUAGUCCUGACAUUCAGAUAGUUUAAGAAUAUCUCCAGCAUAAAAGCAAUGAUAGAAAAAGUUUGGUAUUAUCAAUAUCGCAACCCAGUAGUUGUCUUCUGCUUCUAGCUUUUCCUCAGUACCACUAGUUUAGUAAGACUUAAAAGAUGAAAGGAUAUUUAGCUUUUUGAUACAAAAGUCAUACUUAAGUAUUGUCGCUAGAUUAUCAUACAAAGAGAAAUGCGCUUGUACUCUUAGUUCUGUGUAACUAAGUUGAUUUUAAGCCAGCUACAAGUAAUGCAUAUGUAAUUAUUUGACCUGAUCUUCACCAUUGUGAAUCAGAGCUACACAAAAACUCUUCUUGUAAGGAUGUCGGGUAAUAUGCCGUAUUAAUCUAUUAAUCUGUCGAGAUAGUACUAGGCAGUGCACAAGUGAUGGUUGUUUAGCACUAAAUUUUAGCAGUGUGAAUUAGAAUUUCACUUUUUCAACCGAUUGCAAUAAAGAAAUAAUGUAUA